AAUGUCAUUUCGUCAUCAUCAUCGCAAUCUGUCAAUUUUGUGUUAUCGGUUUUGUUAAUCCCUUUUAAUUCUAAAAAUAUACGUUUUAAAUGCAUGAAACCCUUUUUUUGUGCUAGAGAGUUACUUUUAAUUGAUAAGGUGGUGAUUUAACCUAGGGAAUCAUGUCGAAAUUUGAGGAUAAUCCGUUUAGUGAUCCAACCAUAGACAACCCAUUUGCAGACCCUGCUGUGCAGCAGGUUGCGAGGAACACAAACAAUGCCACACAGGGCUUGGAUGACUACAAUCCCUUUGAUGGACAACCUAACACGAAUCAGACGCCCGCACAGCAGCCGACACACCCGGCCAUCAUGCAGGCGGUGUCCCCUCCCUCCAGCGGCCAGUACACACGGCCGUCCCAGCCACAACAGUCAGCCGGACCACCCAACAACUUCACUACUGCUGACUUUCAGAGGCGGCAAGAAGAGUUGGAACGCAAAGCGGAAGAGCUAGCCCGACGCGAGGCGGAGCUCCGAGCGGGGUCGGCGGGGCGCCGGAAUAACUGGCCCCCGCUGCCGGCCAUGUGCCCCGUGCAGCCCUGUUUCUACCAGGACAUCAAUGUGGACAUUCCGCUCGAGUUCCAGAGGGUCGUGCGGCAUUUGUACUAUCUUUGGAUGUUCCACGCGUUAGUCCUGUCAGUGAACAUCAUAGCGGCAAUGUCCCUCAUGUUCUCCGGGCUUGGAGUGGAGACAUUCGGCCUGGCCAUCCUGUACUUCAUACUGCUGACUCCCUUCAGCUUCCUGUGCUGGUACCGGCCGAUCUACAAGGCGUUUAGAAGCGAUUCGUCCUUCAACUUCAUGGUGUUCUUCUUCAUAUUCCUGUUCCAAAUACUGAUCACUGUGGUGCAGUCUAUUGGGUUCAGUGGUGGAGGCUCCUGCGGCUUGAUCACGAGCAUCAACGCGUUCUCGACGAGCGUGGCGGCCGGCAUCAUCGCCAUGCUCGCCACCGUCGGCUUCAUCACCGCCGCCGUCGCCGACGUACUGCUCAUGGCCAAGGUGCACCGCAUCUACCGCUCAACCGGCGCGUCCAUAGCCAAGGCCCAGGCCGAGUUCACGACGGAGUUCCUGCGCAACCAGCACGUGCAGACGGCCGCCUCCAACGCCGCGGCCGCCGCCUUCAACGCGCAAGUGGCCAACAACCGGUACUAGACGCGGCCGAGCGGUUUCAGUAACGGAGGAAAAUAUUAUAUCUAACAUAGUUAUGACUUCGAAAAAGUACAUUAUGAAAUUCAUCAAUUAACAUAAUACCUAAGAGCUUUUUCUCGUGUUUAUAUCGUAUAACUGUUCAAAUUAUUUCAUGUAACUAAAUACAUAAUUUAAGCGAAUUAAACUCGCGUAUCGUUUGUUUAUUGUUGGUAAAGAUAGACUAUUUUAGUUUUGGUCCGCUCUGCUAAAGUAUUGUUAUUAAUAGUAUUUUUUUCUAAAAGAUUACGUCGUUAUUCACAGUUGAUUUGAAAGAUCGAUAUUAUUAACAUUGUAUUAUAAUAUUAAAACGAUAGCUAUAUUUGUAUGCCAAAAUUACUUAAGGCUGUGUGGCAUACAAAUAACUUAUAUUCAUUAAAUUAUUUUUAUAUCAUCUUUUUUACGUAUCUCCAUCAUUAUAGAAUUAAUAUUUAAUGUGUGUUUUAUUAAGUUAGUGUUGCACAUAAAUCAUCUCUUUAAAUAUUAUAUUAGUUUUGUUUGAAAAUAUUACAAAAUUAGCUUACAGCUGUUAAAAAAUAUAUCUCUACAUUUCUAUUCAUCAUGACAAGCGCAACUAACGUUGAAACAAAAAGCUACUUUAUUGGACUCGCACUGAUGUGACAUUCCAAAAAAUAAGAGAUUAGACUGAAAGACAGUCGCUUAUUAUAUUAUUAAAAUCCAUGAAAAUUAGAUUACAUUAUUGCAUUUGCUAGUUGUUAGUUCAUAGUUACGUUAAAAAAAUAUUCCUCUAUGUAUUAUUAGAACUUUCAUUCUGGUUAUUGUAUGUGUGGGACCUGUCUUGCCCCUGUAGUUUGUCCUUAACAUAUGCACAAGACAUCCUAGUAUAUUGUAUAAAAUAUAGUGUAAGAGAGGUAAAGGUUUAAGCAACAAUUAAACUAGUCAUUGGACUAACGAACUCCGGAACUUAAACAAUAUAACUUAACAAUCGUAACAAACCAGAAUAAUAAGUAUAAGGCCACGUAUACACUUGUGCUUUAACAUACAAAAAGUAACCGCAUCUUGAACUGAUAUAUUUAAUUAAAUCUUUAACAUUGAUGUAUCGUAUUUUAACACGCAUUGUUCAUUAAUAUUGUAUCUGGGCCUAGUUUCUAGUGUAAAUUAUUGACAUACCGUCCUUACCCAGAUAAUGGUAAGAGGCAUGUAGUUUUAUCUAUUUAUGUAUGUUUAAAAUGUUUUGUAACAAUUAAGUCAUGUUAAACUUAUUAAUGAUUAAAUAUAGUUUCUGAUGCAA